CAGAUUCUAUGCAAGUCUCUAAACAAACGCCAAAUGCGUUUGAAAUACGGAAAAUAAAAGAAUACAUAUCGAAACCCGUAUCUUUGUUGUGACAUAUCGAAUGGACGUCAUGGAAAUUUUGAUAGCUCGCACAUUUGUCAGUGGGCAAAUGUUUGUUUACUUCCGGGAGUCGCGUUACGAAACAAAGCAUUCGGAAUGUUAAAGUUGGGGAAUUUGUUGAAAAUAACCGGUCUUAAUGGGUUCGUUCGGUUCAACUCUUACCCGGCCGUUGCCACCGCAGCACAAGCCGAAUGGCGACCGUCCCGGGCAGUGUGGUUGGAAAACAUGGACACGGUAGAACCGGCUCAAUCGGGAAUCGUGGAGCUGGACAAUGCAGUAUUCGGUGCAUCGCCGCGAAUUGAUAUCGUGCAUCAGAACAUCGAAUGGCAGAGGAAGUAUCGAUUCGUUAGCUUUGCACACACCAAAACUAGAAAUGAAGUGCGUGGUGGCGGAAGGAAACCGUGGCCUCAAAAGGGUCUGGGAAGGGCUCGCCACGGUUCAAUCAGAUCCCCGCUGUGGAGGGGCGGUGGUAUUGCACACGGUCCAAGAUCGCCGACCACACACUUCUACAUGCUGCCCUUCUUCAAUCGAGUCUUGGGACUAGUCUCCACGCUGUCGAUAAAGCUGGCUCAGGAUGAUUUGCACGUUGUGAAAAACUUGGAAAUCCCAACGGACGAUCCACAGUAUCUGCAGGAUUUGGUUGCAGCACGGCAGUGGGGGCCUUCGGUGUUGUUUGUAGACGCGACCGAUGUUCUUUCCCGAAAUAUAUCAAUCAGUGCGGAGAACAUUGACCACAUCAACUUAAUGCCGACGUACGGCUUGAACGUGUACUCGAUGCUGAAACACAACACCGUCGUCUUAACUGAAGAUGCAGUUCGAAGCGUUGAGAGCAAAUUGCUGGAGCACCUGAAUCGCAACGAUGCGCGUGCACAAAUGUGCAAAUUUAAGUAUGACAAAUAAAGCUCCCAAACCAGUGCAUAGCAAUUAAUAAUCGUAAAAAUAAAGCAUUUUUAUUUCGUCCUCGAGUAUUGUA